AUGCUGCUGCGUCAGUUCCUGGCCCAUCGCAGGGUCACGUUUGUGCCGGUGCUCACACCCCACUACCGGGUUUACUCGGCCAACGAUUGCCUGAAGCUGCUGCAUCUCCAGCAGGUGGAUAUAUGCGGGGAUCUACUGGCGUACAGCAAUAUUUCGAGCUUCACGGCCAGCUACACGUAUCUGUACGGCUACAUUCUGAUACCAAACUCGCCGCCCAGGUCCAAGGUCAUCUACACUGUGGCCCCCUACAGCCCCACCAUGUGGAUGACUGUGGCCGCCUACUUGGUGCUGCUCCCCAGCGUCGGGAGCCUCGUGUACUGGCUUCAACGGGGAACCAUUCGCUACGGGAAGUUCGUCCUGGACGCCCUGAAGAGUCUGCUCUUCUCGGGCUUCCAGCUGGGCGAGUUCAGGGGCCUGGUGGGGGUCGUCCUGUACCUCACGCUCGUCUUUACCGGCUUCAUCUGCUCCAACUUCUACCUGGCCGCCUUGGGCAGCAUCCUGGCCACGGGUCUGUACGAGCCGCAGAUCAACACUUUCGAGGAGCUGGUCCAGCAGAACAUCACCUUCAUCAUCGGAGACUACGACAAGACCGUGCUGCAGACCUACGACUUCCCCGACAUCCUUUGGAACAUCACGCGCGUGGUGCCCUACGACUUUAUUACGCGGCAUCGGGCCGUCUUCGACACAGAUUACGCGUAUCUGGCCCACAGCGACCGCAUAGUGCUGUUCAACUUCCAGCAGCAGUUCAUGAAGAAGUUCCCCAUGCGCCGCCAGUGGCUGCUGAAGCAGAAGCUCGGCGAGACGCUGCUCAACUGCUUCAAUAGUGGACUCCUGGAGAAGCUGGCCCACGACACCAACAGGGAGACGAUCCGCAUCGGCUACCUCGGUCUCAUCAGAUCCGAGGAGUACCGUGCCCAGCCACUGGCCUUGGACUUCUUCUCCAUGCCCUUCUACAUGAUGUUCACGGGACUGGGCCUUGGCUUCGUCUCUCUGGUGGGGGAGCUCUUGGUCCACCUCCUUGCCAGGGGGAAAAAAGCGUCCCCUCAGGUGUGA